AAAAGGCGUCCUGGCGCUGAAGUGAUCAGGAACGCCUCAAAUGCACAAUUACGUAUUUAUAGCUUUCCUGCUCAACCGUGUAGGACGGCAGUCUGUUCUUUCAUUUUUCGAUUAUUUUUCUUACAACUAUGCUUUCUAUUUUUGGUUUCAUCACAACCAGCUCAACAGAUACCAUCUGUAGAUCCAAAUCAUCAUGUUCAAAGUAACAAUCCGUGUUAUGAUGCAUCUAAUAGGCCUCAGCGAUGUGUUCCAGACUUUAUUAAUGCAGCUUUUAAUCUUCAAGUUGAAGUCACUAAUACCUGUGGUGUGAGAAGUCCGACACAUUUUUGUGUGCAGACUGGACAUAGCGGUAUCCGAAAAGUUUGCGACGUUUGCGAUAACCGUGUAGAGGGCUUCCGACACCCAGCCAAAUUCUUAACCGAUUUUAAUAAUGCAAAUAACGAAACGUGGUGGCAGUCCGAGACAAUGAACGAGAAGAUACAGUAUCCUAAUUCUGUUAAUUUAACGUUGAGGCUUGGAAAAACUUUUGACAUCACUUAUGUGCGAUUAAAGUUCAUAAGUCCACGUCCUGAAAGCUUUGCUAUCUAUAAGAAAACCCGAGUGGGUGAUGAUUGGGUUCCGUGGCAGUAUUACAGUGGUUCUUGUUACGCGACCUACAGAGUGAGGGAAAAGGUACCGAUAUUGCCGGGCAAUGAGGCAGUUGCACAAUGUACUCGUGAGUUUUCCGAUAUCUCUCCUUUAACAGGGGGUAACAUUCCAUUUUCUACACUGGAAGGUCGUCCUAGUAGCCGUAACUUCGAAGAAAGUGAAGUUCUCCAAGAAUGGGUAACGGCAUCAGAGAUACGAAUCGUUUUAAAUAGAAUGAAUACAUUUGGUGACGAGAUGUUUAAAGACCCGAAAGUGUUGAGGUCUUAUUAUUAUGCAAUAUCUGACUUCGCAGUUGGUGGAAGAUGUAAGUGCAACGGUCAUGCGAGCGAGUGCGUUAAAUCUACUGGAGAUGGUGAAGAACGAUUGGUUUGCCGAUGCGAACAUGAUACCGAAGGUACUGACUGUGAACGAUGUAAACCUUUCUAUAAUGAUCGCCCAUGGAAACCUGGAACAGCUAAUGAUGCUAACGAAUGUCUUCCUUGCAAUUGCAACCACUUGUCCAGUCGCUGUUACUUUGACCAGGAGCUCUAUGAAAAAACCGGAAGUGGAGGUCAUUGUAUUGAUUGUGCUGGUAAUACGCAGGGUCCGCACUGCGAAGAGUGCGCUCCAAACACAUGGAGGAGACCCAACGAACCAUACUGUGUCCCCUGCGGUUGUGAUGAAACCGGAUCAUUAAGCACUCAGUGCGAUUCAACAGGGCAGUGUGCUUGCAAACCGGGUGUAGGCGGGCACCGCUGUGAUCAGUGCAAGGAAGGUUUCUAUGAUUUCUCAAGCACCGGAUGCAAGGAUUGUCAGUGCCAGGCAAUAGGAUCCUUGAACAAUAAACCAUUUUGUAAUCCUAGUACUGGUGAAUGUGUCUGCAAAUUAAAUGUAGAAGGUCGCCAGUGUGACCGAUGCAAGCCAGGCUAUUUUGAUCUUUCAUUAGAUAAUCAGUUUGGAUGCACACCUUGCUUCUGUUUUGGACAUUCGUCUGUAUGUAAGGUUGCUGAAGGGUAUUAUGCUACUAACAUAUCCAGCGAAUUUGAUGAAGGCAAAAAUAAAUGGAGAGCUGUAGCACAACGUGGCCACUUGGAUACUCAGUGGUCAGAAGUUGAUAAAGCUGUAGCAGCUUCGGAUAUUGAUGGUUCUCCGGUAUACUUUGUAGCGCCAGAACAAUUUAAUGGUGAUCAACGAUCCUCUUACAACCAAGAUCUCUGGUUUACAUUUAGACUUCAACAGGGUCAACCUGGUGGAAUUCAACCAAGUCAAAAGGAUAUUGUGAUUGUUGGAGGUAACGGUAACCAAGAACUAACACUGCCAAUUUUUGCUCAAAAUAAUUCAUAUCCGAGUGUCAGUGAGCAGCAAUAUCGUUUUCGUAUUCACGCAAAUCCAAUAUUCCAGUGGAGCCCACGCAUGAAUGAAUUGGACUUUAUCGGAGUUCUCGCGAACGUCACGGCACUAAAAAUCAGAGCGACGUAUGGGCGUAGAGACAUUGGUUUCCUAAGUAGCGUCCAUCUUGGAAGCGCCAGCCUUGCACCGCUCGGUGAAAAUCCAAAAGAGGCAAAGUGGGUGGAGUCAUGCAGUUGUUCGGAAGCAAAUGUAGGGCAGUUCUGUGAAUCAUGCGCUCCUGGCUACCGCCGAGUACAAAAGUAUGGAGGACCGUUUAACCGCUGCGUAAAAUGUGACUGUCACGGACAUUCAACGUCUUGCGAAGCUGAGUCAGGAGCCUGUAUUUGCCAGGAUAAUACUAGCGGAGACACCUGUGAGGUUUGUGCCAAAGGGUACUAUGGAGAUGCGUUACAGGGGACUCCAGAUGACUGCAAGAAAUGCCCGUGCCCCGAGGAUGGGCCGUGUAGGUUGUUCACAAGCGAUGGUGUAUCACAAAUUAUGUGCACUGAUUGCCCUACUGGAUAUAUGGGACUCAGAUGUGAGAGCUGCGCUGAUGGAUAUUUUGGUAUGCCGAGCGAAGAUAAACCUUGUGAGGAAUGUGUGUGUAACGGAAACAUUGAUCCAAAUAAUAUUGGCAACUGUGAUUCGUUGACAGGAGAAUGCAAAAAAUGUGUUUUUAAUACUGAAGGACCUAACUGCGAAAGAUGUCAAAAAGGCUUCUGGGGAGAUGCUUUACGAGAACCCAAAGGGGACUGCAAACCUUGCAAUUGUUACGUGCUUGGAACAAAACGAGUUGACAUUGAUUACACGGUUUUGGAGUGCAACCAGAGUGAUGGACAAUGUGAAUGCCAGCUGCACGUGACUGGUUUAAGAUGCGAUAAGUGUGAGGAAGGAUUUUACAAUAUUACUUCUGGAACGGGCUGCCAAAGUUGUGACUGCGAUCCGGUGGGGAGUAUCGAUGGGUCAUGUGAUGUUGUAACUGGGCAGUGCGUUUGUAAGAAAGGAGUUACUGGACGACGGUGUGAUGAAUGUGCAGCUUUACAUUUUGGAUUUGGCGAAGAUGGGUGCGAACCAUGUGACUGUGAACCCGUUGGUUCCGAGUCGGCUCAGUGUCACGUUAAAUCUGGUCAGUGCUUGUGUCGAGACUAUGUUGAGGGCCGUCGAUGUGACACUUGUAUGGAAAACAGAUACAACCUGAAGUUAGGCUGUUUAGCUUGCGACGAGUGCUAUAGUUUGGUACAACGUAGAGUGCAGGGACAUAGAGAGAACAUUAAGCAACUAGAAGAAACGCUCAAAGAAAUUGUUGAUAACCCUGCUCCUGUGAAUGAUACGGCAUUCGAUGAAAAAGUGAAGGAGGUUGAGAAGGAAGCUCAAAAGCUUGCGGAUUUAGUCAAAGAAAAAAUCACUGGAGAUGACAGGAAUCUGGUAGGACAGGUCAACCAACUAAAGGAAGAUCUUAAUGACACUUUGAAUUCACUCAACAUUAUCAGCGAUUAUAGUGAAGCUAUUAACAAGAAAAUAGAUGAGACGAAAGAUAUCCUUAUGCAUUGGAAGUUAAUAAGAGACGAAGCCAAGAAAGAGAUUGGAAAAGCCUUGGCGUUUCUUAAAGAAGAAGGUAAAACUCAGUGGGAAUUGGCAAAAGAAGCAGCAGAAAGAUAUGGCGAGAAGAGUCAAAAGUUGUCUGAUAUUGCUCAAACUGCCAGGAAAUUGGCAGAUGAACAUGAAAAUCGCAGCCAAGAAUUUGAAAGAAUAGCUGAUAAGACAUUCGAGGCGUCGAAGCAGGCAAAUGCUGUCGAACAAGGACUGUGCUUAUUUGAAGAUUUUCCAGGUGAAUCUAUCAGCCAACAAAUAGCACGGAUGGUAAAAGAGCUAAAUGAAACUGGUGAUUUGUUGGAUGAAACCAAAAAGUUUGCCAAGGAACAAUUAAAUGAGGCUGAUAAAGCUUAUACUGCUGCUGGCAAUAGCCUUACCGAAGUAGAAAAAUUGAAAAUACCAGUUGUUGACGUUGAAGAGGUAAUAAUGCACUUGGUAUUCAUUGCGACAGACAAACUUGUCACAACUGAAAAAGAGAUACAACGGAUUGAAGAAGACACGAAAACUGCCGUGAAAAACGCCGUUGAACAGGCAGCUGUUAACAAGGAAGUUCUUGAAGAAGCUGGAAGAGUUUUAGGUGAAGCGGAAGCUGAAUUGGAAAGGGCCAAAGGUUACCAACAGGAUUCAGAUGUCAUGUUGGCUGACAUUGAUGCGGCGUUGGAACGUGCUCAAGAAGCUAAAUCGAAUUCGGACAAAAUUUUAGCUGAAGCAAAGAACACUCUCCGAACUUUGGAAGGCAGGUUUCAUAUGCGCAAUUAUUUUUACGUCCAAAGUAAACUCCGUGAGACUGCAUCGAUAGCUUUCUUACAAAAAAUUUUAGAAUUCCAUGGUCGUGUGAAUAACAGCAAAGAAGAAGCCAUAAAAGAACUGGAUAAGCUUGAUGAGAUCAAAAAACAAAUUGAAGAAGCUGAAAGAACUACUGAAGAUGCCAGAAAAGCAAUUGGAAAUGCUGGCAGUGAUGCAGAGCAUGCUGCCAAAGUGGCUGAAGAGGCCCAGCAGGAUGCAAACAGUAUCAAGGAUAAAGCUCAUCAUUUACACGACGAGACAUCCUCCAUACUUAAAGUUGCAGAGGAGACAAAAUCAGACGCGGAAUCAUUUUCCGAGGAUGUUGAGCAGACUUCUUCUUCUAUUGAUGCAUAUUCGAAACAAGCUGAUGAAGAUAGGAAACGUGCAACAGAUGCGGCGUCUAGAGCUACAAAAGCAAAGAAUAUCGUAAAUUCUACGCAGAAGAACAUUACUGAUACCAGCGAGAAGCUGAAGGAGAUAAUUAACGCUCUCCGUUCCUUGGACGUUUCUAGUGACGACGAGCUUGAUGCUUUAGAGAGGGAUUUAGAAGAGGCUGAGAAAGAAAACGAAAGAGCCGCUCUGGAUGCUAAGAUCAAAAAACUAACUCAACAGCAGGCGGAUCAUGACCGUAUAACAUCACAACUAGCGAAAGAGUUAACAGAACUCGAGAAUGAGGUUGUCAAUUUAGAAGCAAUACUAAAAACGUUGCCCAAUGAAUGCUACAACAGAAUUCCGAUUGAAUCAGAAGGCCAAAAAUAGAC